AUGUUCUUCUCAGCCAGCGAAAACUCUCCGAAUGACACGUUGCGACAAUUUGCUGAAUCAAAAGCUAAAAAACAAUUUGCUGCCUUCUUAAGUUCAGCCGAAGACGACAUUCUCGAAUAUCCUACCACUUGUUCAACUCUCAAUACAACCUCCGGAGUUCUCACUUCGAAUACAACAACAACUUCAUCGCUAGAUCCUUUCAAAGAAUUUGAAAUUCGAAAAUUGACUAUUGUAGCAAAUUCUAGAAAAUCUCUUGCCAUUUUGGAUUAUUAUAUUCAAAAAUUACAUUUUCAAACGGUGGAUGUCAUUUCAGCAAGUAGUGUCGCGGAAGUGGAUAAGCUGUCCAUGAAGGAAAGAGUUUUGAUUAAAUCGAAAGUGUCACAAGUGGCAAGAGAUUUCAAUAUUUUAACACGUUGUUGGCAUGCGAUCGAAAAGAUGGAAAAAGUUGAAUUGAAACGAAUGCGUGACGAUUAUGCUCUGUUGGAAGAAAUUGUCAAGAAUGUCUCUGAAAAGAAUACAGAAUUGACUGAAGCUCGAUCUCAGACUGCUCGUUUUUCGACUUGCACUCAGGAUGAACCAAAAUUAAAGCCAUUAGAAGAAGUUCUUCCUUCGGUGAAAGGAAAAUUGGAUUUAAAUCUUGGAGUGCAGUAUUAUCUAACAAACUAUGAUGAAUUGAACCAUUUGGUGAGCACAAUGUGUGAAAAGAAGAAGGAACAACAUGAAGCACAUUUGCAUGAAUUGGGCCUCUUGCAAGAUGAAUAUCACCUUGAGUAA